UGUUGUGCGCAAAACCUCCAGCGCCGGACGGACAGUUUGACGGAGAGAGAGCCAUCCAAAGAGCGCACACAUGGAUAAUUAACGGACAUUACGCUUUCCUUUUCCUUUUUUAUACACACAUAUAAAUCUCUGCUGUGGUUUAUUUUCUUUUAUUUUUCCAACACUGUGAUGUUGCUUUUGCCCCGGAGGUGUUAGAAUUGAACCUGCUCGAUGUCUCUCAUCAGUUUAUAACCGAGACAAAAUGAGGAUUUCUUCCGGCGACUGGUUUCUGUUGAUGUUCUCGGGCUUUUUGGGACUGACAAUGGGAGCUUUCCCGAGCAGCGUUCAGAUCGGCGGUCUGUUCAUCAGGAACACGGAUCAGGAGUACACCGCCUUUCGUUUGGCAAUCUUCCUGCACAACACGAGCCCGAACGCCUCGGAAGCGCCGUUCAACCUGGUGCCUCACGUGGACAACAUCGAGACGGCCAACAGCUUCGCCGUCACCAACGCCUUUUGCUCCCAGUACUCCCGUGGUGUCUUCGCCAUCUUCGGCCUGUACGACAAGCGCUCGGUGCACACGUUGACGUCGUUCUGCAGCGCCCUGCACAUCUCCCUCAUCACGCCCAGCUUCCCCACUGAGGGCGAGAGCCAAUUCACCCUGCAGCUCCGACCGUCCAUCCGGGGGGCGCUGCUGUCGCUGCUCGACCACUACGACUGGAACAAGUUCGUCUUCCUGUAUGACACCGACCGGGGAUACGCCAUCCUGCAGUCUAUCAUGGAGAAGGCGGGGCAAAACAACUGGCAGGUCAGCGCCAUCUGCGUGGAAAACUUCAACGACGCGAGUUACCGCCGGCUGCUGGAGGAUCUGGACCGGAGGCAGGAGAAGAAGUUCGUCAUCGACCUGGAGGCCGAGAGGCUGCAGAACAUGCUGGAACAGAUCGUCAGCGUGGGGAAACAUGUCAAAGGCUACCAUUACAUCAUGGCCAACCUGGGUUUUAAGGACAUUAACCUGGAGCGCUUCAUGCACGGGGGAGCUAACGUGACGGGCUUCCAGCUGGUGGACUUCAGUAACCCCAUGGUCAUAAAGCUGAUGCAGCGCUGGAAUAAGCUCGACCAGAGGGAGUACCCCGGCUCCGACGCACCCCCAAAGUACACGUCAGCGCUGACCUAUGACGGGGUGAUGGUGAUGGCCGAGGCGUUCAGGAACCUCCGCCGGCAGAAGGUAGAUAUUUCCAGACGGGGGAAUGCUGGCGACUGUCUCGCUAACCCCGCCGCCCCGUGGAACCAAGGCAUCGAUAUGGAGCGUACCCUCAAACAGGUCCGGCUGCAGGGAUUAACAGGUAAUGUCCAGUUUGACCACUAUGGCCGCAGGGUCAACUACACAAUGGACGUGUUUGAACUGAAGAAUAAUGGACCCCGACGGAUCGGCUACUGGAACGAUGCCGACAAGCUGGUUCUGAUCCAGGACUCUCCGCUGCUCCCUAACGACACGUCCGGCAUCGAGAACCGCACUGUUGUAGUGACCACUAUCAUGGAGGGGCCCUACGUGAUGCUGAAGAAGAACUGGGAGAUGUACGAAGGGAACGACCAGUACGAGGGUUACUGCGUGGACCUGGCCUCGGAGAUCGCCAAACACAUUGGCAUCAAGUACAAGAUCUCCAUCGUUCCCGACGGGAAGUACGGCGCCAGGGACCCGGAGACGAAGAUCUGGAAUGGGAUGGUCGGGGAGCUGGUGUACGGGAAAGCGGAAAUCGCUGUGGCCCCUUUGACAAUCACGUUGGUCCGGGAGGAGGUGAUCGACUUCUCAAAGCCCUUCAUGUCGUUGGGUAUUUCCAUCAUGAUCAAGAAGCCCCAAAAAUCAAAACCGGGGGUGUUCUCCUUCCUGGACCCGUUGGCCUACGAGAUCUGGAUGUGCAUCGUGUUCGCCUAUAUCGGCGUUAGCGUGGUGCUCUUCCUGGUCAGCCGCUUCAGCCCGUACGAAUGGCACACCGAGGAGCCCGAGGAGGGCACCGACGGUCCGCCAAGCGAUCAGCCCCCCAAUGAGUUUGGCAUCUUCAACUCCCUCUGGUUCUCCCUGGGCGCCUUCAUGCAGCAGGGCUGUGACAUCUCCCCCAGGUCGUUAUCGGGUCGAAUCGUGGGGGGGGUGUGGUGGUUCUUCACCCUCAUCAUCAUCUCGUCCUACACCGCCAACCUGGCUGCCUUCCUCACCGUGGAGAGGAUGGUGUCGCCCAUCGAGAGCGCCGAGGACCUGGCCAAGCAGACGGACAUCGCCUACGGUACUCUGGACUCUGGAUCUACCAAAGAGUUCUUCAGGCGGUCAAAGAUCGCCGUCUACGAGAAGAUGUGGGGCUACAUGAAGUCGGCCGAGCCCACGGUCUUCACCAAGACGACGGCGGAGGGCGUGGCGCGCGUCCGCAAGUCGAAAGGGAAAUACGCCUUCCUGCUGGAGUCCACCAUGAACGAGUACACGGAACAGCGCAAGCCCUGCGACACCAUGAAAGUGGGAGGGAACCUGGACUCCAAAGGAUACGGAGUAGCUACGCCGAAGGGUUCACAGUUAAGAAGCGCAGUUAACCUGGCAGUGUUAAAACUCAAUGAGCAAGGCCUGUUGGACAAAUUGAAAAACAAGUGGUGGUACGACAAAGGAGAGUGUGGCAGCGGAGGCGGUGGCGAGAAGGACAAGUCGUCCCAGGCCCUCAGUCUGAGCAACGUGGCGGGGGUCUUCUACAUCCUGGUGGGGGGCCUGGGCCUCGCCAUGCUGGUGGCCCUCAUCGAGUUCUGCUACAAGUCGCGCAACGAGGCCAAGAGAAUGAAGCUGACCUUUACAGAAGCCAUGAGGAACAAGGCCCGUCUGUCCAUCACGGGAAGCGUCGGGGAGAACGGACGGGUUCUGACGCCCGACUGUCCGAAGGCCGUCCACACCGGACCUCCGAUCCGCCAGAGCUCCGGCCUCGCCCUGGUCUCCUCCGAGCUCCCGUGAAAACCAAAAACCUCUCAAGUGCCUUAAAUCCUGAAACCAGAAAAACAAUAAUCACACCGCCAACGAAAACUACCAGAACCUUCACCACCACGCAACCGGACACGGGUCACCUCCAGAGAGCGGGACGGAUCCGGAAGUUAGACGGAAAGACGACCAGUUGAGGAUUUUCUCUGAAAUCUACGAGGCAGAAGAAUCUAGAUCUUUUUUUUUUUUGGGAGACGUUUGAAUCAAAGGGAAUCCAAUGGAGCCCGGUGACGAAGGACAGACGGGGAGGAAUAAUAUCAUGAAAUAUGAUAAAGACCAGAAAACUGUAAACUUGAAAAACGUCUUUUUUUGGAUUGCUGUGAAUCGGGAAAAAAAAAACAACAAAAAAAAACUGAACUUUAAAUCGAGAUUGUUUCCAAACCUGAAUUUGCUCCACGGACUCGAGCAGCACUAGAUAUCAACACUGGGGGAGUGGAGGCCCGGUGCCGAGAAGAGGAAACACAUUUGUACUCAUAGAAACACAAAUCUAUUGAUAUUGAAUAUAUGAGCAAACAUAGGAGAAACUGUGAAAAUAAGUAAAUAUGUAUAUUCCGUGGAAACUGAAAUACUUUAGCUGUACAUACGGACGACUGUGUAACAUGCUUGCUUUUUAAACACAUGUACAUAGCAGUAGUGGGCAGACGGACAGCUGUUCUUUUGUAAAUCAUCUUUAAAUAAGAUUCUAUUCAUCGCAAUAAUGAAACCUAUGACGGAGGAGAGACGGAGUUGAAGUGUUGUGUUGAAGACUUAUUGUAUUAUUCAAUCUCUUAAUGUGAAAGGGGUAUCAACUGCCCGAAUACUCUGAUACCCAGAUUCAUUAAUAUAUUCCACGAUGAAUGUUAAAGUAGCUCCACCCCCAACCCUUAAACCAGAACCCCCCUCACUGUGUAGACCCAGAGAGACGAUAUGAGUAUUUAUAAAUCACCUUUCUGCUGUCAGAAUAUAACUAUUUUUCUCAUUCUUUGAUCUAUUUUUUGUACCGAGGAAUUAAACUGUCUGUCUCCUGGUUUUAAGUGUCCAAUACUACCUGGGUAUAGAUCUUUAUAGAUGUGUGGGGCGACAACCAUGAAGGGAAACUGAGAAAAGGCCAUUUGUUUCUCAGUUUGUGAUUUGAAGUGUGUAUUUCCAGUCCAUGCUGUUGAUCACGAUAGAGCCCUUCCUUUAUUCAACACUGUGGAUCCUGGGAGGCUGGACACACCGUAGCAGACAUGUAUUUGCUCCAGUCUUUCCAACUGAAGUGUCCUCAUCUCUUUUUAUUUUUGGGACAAUCUGCAAUAGGAUACGAGAAGCCACAUCAGCAGCCGAAGAUGGCGUCGUUUCUAAAUGUGUUUUCGUUUGAUUCCCGCGAGGUGUGUUCCCGUGCUGCGGCAGGACGGGGGAACCAGCUGAGAGACUUCAGGUCAUGCCUUUGUUUGUCCUGCCACCCGUCUAGUUAGAGCUGAAGUGUAAUAUGGCGUCUU